CCAUAAUACUAGCAGUUACAUGGCUACAGUACACUCCUCCGGCCAUCUACUCUUGCACUUACUUGUUACAGAACUCGCUUAAUUAGCUGAGAUACUGUCCGUCUCGUGUCUGAAUUAAAACAAACUGAAACCCUUUCUCUUUGGAACAGCGGCUUAGAAAACAUCUUGCAGAAUUAAAGUUUGGUAUUGAUUUGAAGACGUCCACCAUGCCUAGUAGUGAAGAUGUCCCCAUGAGAUUGGUUGGAAGGAGAAAGAAUCAAAAUGGUUCCCAAGGAUCAAGAUCACCUACAGGAUCACCGUCAGGUUCACCUACCCAUAGUGCACCUCACAUACAGAGGAUGGCUAGUACCAUCUCCAACAAAUCAAUCAAAGCAAUGGAUGUGUGCAUCUUUCAGAAAGGUGGUUCUGCUCAUGAAAUCUUUGUAGAGAACGCUUUAACAACGACAGCCGGAACUCUCUUCUCACAGAUGAUGGAUUGUCUGACUUUACCAAAUGAAGCAUCUGAAAUCUUUUCAUUAUGGCUUACAUCUCCUCUUCUUGAAUUACAGCUGAAACCUCACCACAUACCCUUCAGAUUAUGUAGACAGUGGCCUGAUCUUCUUGAUAAAUAUACAACACACAGUGAAGAGGCAAAAGCAAAUGAUGAACCAGUUGUAUCUUUCCAAAGAAAUGCAUUCUACCCCAAGGAUUCAGAGAAAAAGGUCACGAAUGGGAAGAUAAAGAGUAGAUUAUUUGAGGAAGCAAAGGGUAACAUUUUGAAUGGGAUGUACCCUUGUGAGGCUGAAGACUAUGAAUACCUAGGUGGUCUGCUAGCUUUCCUAGAGUAUGGAGAAUUCAAUGCUGAAGUACAUCAAAUGGGAUUCUUCAAGGAUAAUGAUCUGAAGAAGAUCUUACCAACCUGUAUGUUCAAAGGAGGUAGCCGUUGGUCCAUCGUUAAAGGUCGUACAGGAGCAAUGAUGUCUGUAGAAGCUAGUAUUCUGAGACAUUGGAGUCAUUUCUCAGAACAGAACACCUCCAGACAGGAAUACCAUCAUCUCUUUCUUGAGUUCUGCUGGAAGCUACCAUUCUAUGGGUCUGUGUUUUUCAGGGGACAGAUAGAAAAGACAGGACGUUUAUCUGUCAAAGUUCGGGACUCUGCAGACAGGAAGGCCUUUGUCGGCAUCAACAGAGAUGGAGUAUUUGUCAUUGAUCAACAGAAACAGGAGCUUCUUCUAGGACUGAAGUAUGAUGAGUUAUCAUGGGAGUUCACAGAGCCUGCUAGGAAGGAGGUAGAUUGUCUACCGUGUCUCUGGUUAGAGUUUGAUAACAGGGAGAGAGGAAAGUGGCGCAGUAAAGUUUUACAGAUCUUCUCCAGACAGGCUGUCAUGAUGAAUGCUUUCAUUGAGGCAUGUGUUGAUGAGCUGAAUAAACGAGAUAUGGAGAAUGUUAUUCAGAGAACAGAUCAUACUGUCAUGGGAGGUCUGCUAAGCUCCACUUUUCCAAGAAGUAAACCUCAUAACAAUGAGAAUAACAGUAGCACCGUAAACCAGGAUGAACCUGAUGCACCCAUGUCACCACACAGAGCUGCUCUUGAUGCUACAGCACCAGUCUUUGGAACGUUACCAACCAGAGAUCCUAAGACAGGAUUGUGCAGCAAGAUGGAUAGGUUGUGUCUCUCUACAUUCUCAAAUACAGGUGAGCUUAUUAGCAUGAAGCCAAAGGUCAAGAGGUCGUUCACGUUCCAUAGUCUGUUUGGUAGGUGAGCGUAACUCCAUCUGGUUCAGAAGCACCAUUUGAUUGCUGACAAGAGCUCUAGAACAUUUAUUUACCAGGACAGACAGUCUGUGACCUUGAUAAUGACAAUGGUUGAACAGUCAUAUUAGACAUUGGAUGGUGUCGGCCGUUAACAUAUUGCUGUAAAACAGUGAACUACAUAUGUAUUUGGACGUCUGGAGACGAUCCAUAAUAGACCAGUUGAAUGCCGCUCCUAAUGUUCACCUGUUCAAUGGAUGAUUUGACUUGUAUAUCAAGCAUGGAAUCAUUGUAAUACUCAUCACACUGACUACAGUUUGCUCCUCUGGACCUGAUGCCAGGACUUCCUGUUCCAUUUUAUCAAUGCAACUUGGAUAUAACAGUUACGAAUCAUAACUUUGCAAUGAUUUAGAUUGAAUAGGCCAAUAUAUUAUCAACUCAAAAAGGCUAGAACAUUUUUUGUGUUGUAUGAUACAAUAGGAUAUUGUCUUUUUUUCUUCAAAAUCAUGUUACUUAAAUAGCCUAGGAGAGAUGAUACAUUCAAAUGAUAUCAACAACGACAAAAAUUAGACUGAUUUGGAUACCUUAUUAGAUAUUAAAUGUUGUAAACCCUAUCCUCAUUGGAUAGUAAUUGUCAUUAAUUUUGUGUUUUUUUUCCUUGUACAAUUUGAAAAAGUUCAUGGCAGAUUUUAUUUAGUUUUAUUCUCAAUUUAUCUUGGGUUUGAAAUUUGCAAUAUGUUUCUUUUGACACUGCCCAUUUCAAGUUUUGUGUUUUUUGACUAUCCGCAUAUUUUAUGUUGGGGAUAUGUUAAUAUUUAGAGUACUGAAAUCCACUUUCACAUACAGUUCAUUGUACAGUAGUAAAUAGUUAUCUGACGGUGAAGACUUUUUGUCUUGACUAGUGUGUGUCAUUGUCUAUCCAUGGAAGACUUAGCCAAGAAUUCCCUGGUUUACACCCAUAGGAAGUAAUGAAAUAAUCUUCAGUUGGUUGCUCUGAGCGAAAGUUAGGUUCAUCAUUUUGUGAUGUACAUUUUACAAUGUUGUAUUACAAGGAAAUGUGGUCUGCUGAAAUAGUCAUUCUCAGUUCUCAUGUUGAAAAUACUGAUUUGAUGUGGAUCCAUGUAAAGGAGAUUAUACACUUCCUGGUACACCUAGGUAAAAGGAGAGUACCAACAUGAUCAAAAACCUAAACAGAGAAUGUUGAAUGUAUGUUAAAUGUGCAUUUAAAGGUAUGUUAGUAAUGUACAGGAAUGUGUGCAUUGUAGUAUUGGUGAACAAUUUGAAUUGAAUCUUAAAGGAUAAAAUGACGAAACACACUCAAGUUAGUGGGUGAUUGAUGUGGUGAUUGGAUAAAAAUAAUAUUUUGAUUAUUUUAAAUAUAUUAUAUGUGAAUAUAAACCAAAGUAUAUAAUAUUUGUGAUCAUGUCUAUUGUAUCAAAGCAACUCUUUCAUGUAAUUAUCAGCAAAGUGGUGUAAAUAAGAGUUUUAAAGUGUGAUUUAUAUGUUGUAUAUUUGCCAAUAUGGUACUUAAACCCAUACAAGAACAGUACUUACAUGAUUUUAAGAUGGAACAUAAUGAAUAAUUUGGAAUGGUUUUAUGGAUGGAAUAAUUGUAUUUCUGCAUAUUUAUGGGUGUGGUUUGAACUUAAAUCACCUGGAAGUGGCUUUUAGACAGUUUGCAAGGGUUUAUCCAACUGAUAUUAUAGGUGGUUUAAGAAAUAGAAUUGAAAGUACUUGGAUCAUAUUUGUGAGAAAAUUUAAGAUAGGCACUGCAAAACCAAAAUCAGAAUUCACACAAUUUAUCCUCUCCUGAUAGUUAGCAAAAUGUAUGUCAAUAUUUGUUGUUCAAAUACCGGUUAGUUUAAUUUACUUUUAUUAGCUUAAAAAUUAGAUCAAAAUAAUGUCUAGCCAUUAGCUUUGUUUUUAUCUAGAUUCAACUUUUAUUUUAUUUUUAAUUUUUUUUAAAUUUCAUUGCACUUAAAUAAUCCUUUAUGUGAAGUGUUUUCUUUUUACCCAUGUACUGAAUAUUAAUUUCUUUUAAUUUUGAAAUGAAUAUUUUCUUCCUUGAUGUCAUGUGACCAAAGUAACUAAACCAAUUAUAUUGUUUAUAUUUGGGCCAAGUUAUGCAAAGUAUAUCCCAGCUAUUGCUAUGUCAGCUAUUCUCCUGCAAGUUUUGAUAAUCACCUUUGUAGAUUAUUGGUAGCCUAUGACACAGACUUUUGUAAAUAUUAGAUUGUGCAAUAUACAUUUAUCCUUUCUGAAGAAAGUUUGAUUAAUUACCCAAAAUAGUAAAUAGUGACAUAGUCCAUGUAUUGGAUGUACCGGUAGUCUUGUAGUCUGGUUUGGGUAUGUUGCAAUGUCAUCUCAGCUGGCUGGCUGCACAACAUUGAAUAAUCUUAGUACACAUAUGAUCAUAUGAUGCACAUUUGUGCAAUAUAGAAUUAAGAUUAUCUAAUUUUUAUCAUUUUUCUGAAUGUGCAUUUCCAGAACAAUCUUUUUGUUGUGUUUGUGUGUCUGGCAUGCUUCCAUUUUUUCCUUCAAAUCUUAUUUUUAUAUUGAUUUUUUAUUAUCUAAUUGAAUGAUGAUGUCCUGAAUGACUGAAAACAUUCUUGUUCAUGCAAAAUAUAGUUACAGAUAAACAUGUAUAUUGCAGACUUGACAUAUUUGACUAAGGAGGUACUACAUGUUACCUCCUCGCUUGAGGAAAACAAGUUGAAUAUUUAGCUGUUCUUGCUGUGCCAUGAUGUGAUUUCCAAAAUAAUUUUCAAAAUGUUUGAUGCUAAAGUGAUUCAACAGAACUUAAUUGGUACCCGUGUUGCAAGGUCACUUUACAGAUAUAGUCUUUAUUGUUGUUGCCUGGUUAUGAUCCUGUAUAAUAUGCAUUGCAAACUCAUCCAUUAAAACAUACUAAACAAUGAA